UUCCCUUUUUUUGGUUUCUCCAUGGCAUUGCAGCAGAAGCACGCACGGGAAUAUGGAAAAAUCUUCAAGUCCCACUUUGGUCCUCAGUUUGUAGUGUCUAUCGCAGACCGAGACAUGGUGGCUCAGGUGCUCCGGGCGGAGGGGGCUGCGCCCCAGAGAGCCAACAUGGAGUCCUGGCAGGAGUACCGAGACUUACGGGGGAGAGCCACCGGGCUCAUCUCUGCGGAGGGUGAACGGUGGCUCAAGAUGAGAAGUGUACUGAGGCAGAGAAUUCUGAAGCCAAAAGAUGUGGCCAUUUUUUCUGGAGAAGUCAACCAAGUUAUUGCUGAUUUAAUUGAAAGAAUCUACAUCCUCAGGAGCCAGGCAGAAGAUGGAGAAACUGUGACCAAUGUCAAUGACCUUUUCUUCAAAUAUUCAAUGGAAGGAGUGGCCACAAUCCUUUAUGAGCGUCGUUUGGGCUGCCUGGAGAACAGCGUCCCCCAGCCCACCGUGGAGUACAUUGAGGCCCUGGAGCUCAUGUUCAGUAUGUUCAAGACUUCCAUGUACGCAGGCGCCAUUCCCAGAUGGCUUCGCCCCUUCAUCCCAAAACCCUGGCGAGAGUUCUGCAGGUCCUGGGAUGGACUCUUCAAAUUCAGCCAAAUUCAUGUUGACAACAAGUUGAGGGACAUACAGUACCAAACGGACCGAGGCCAGAGGGUGAGAGGGGGACUUCUCACAUACCUCUUCCUUAGCCAGGCGCUGACCCUCGAGGAGAUCUACGCCAACGUGACCGAGAUGCUGCUGGCCGGCGUCGACACGACGUCAUUCACGUUGUGCUGGGCAGUGUACCUCCUGGCAAGGCACCCCGAAGUGCAGCAGAUGGUGCACCAGGAGAUAGCCAAGAACUUGGGGGAAAGGCAUGUUCCAACAGCAGCAGACGUCCCCAGAGUCCCCCUAGUCCGAGCUCUCCUUAAGGAAACACUGAGGCUGUUUCCAGUGCUCCCCGGGAAUGGCCGCGUCACCCAGGAAGACCUGGUCAUUGGCGGGUACCUGAUCCCCAAAGGCACCCAGCUGGCCCUUUGCCACUAUGCCACGUCCUACGAGGAUGAGAACUUUCCUGGGGCCAAGGAGUUCCGGCCGGAGCGCUGGCUGCGGAAAGGAAACCCGGGCAGAGUUGACAACUUCGGGUCCAUCCCCUUCGGUUACGGAGUUCGCAGCUGCAUCGGGCGGAGAAUCGCAGAGCUGGAGAUUCACCUUGUCGUGAUCCAGCUGCUUCAACAUUUUGAGAUCAAAACAUCUUCUCAGACGAAAGCUGUUCAUGCAAAAACCCACGGGCUCCUGAUGCCGGGGGUGCCCAUCCACGUGCGUUUUGUUAACAGAAAGUAAGCGUGGGUCUGAAACCCGGGCAGGUGAUGCAGCAGAGCCAGCUCUCGGACACGCACCGGGUGCUUGUGUGCGGCUGGUCACCGCAGAGGAGGAAAGUACUUGCUUUAGAGGCUGUCGUGUUACAGACUGGCCUCCCAGCUUCUGGGACACUCGCACAUUCUUAUGCACAGAAACACAAAAAGAUAGCUAUUUUACUUCUGUACACCAGAAGUUGCCUUUAAUUGAGCAAACAGCUGUUUAAAAACCAGUGGCACUGAAUUCUUGUGCCUCAUACACUGUGCUAGGCUCAAUAUUUUGUGACCAGUAGUAUCUAUGCAUCGCACAGGGAAAUGGUGGUUUACUUACAAAUUCAGUUCUUGAAUAUAUGUUCUGAAAUGCUGGCAUCAGGGCUCUAUGUUAGGAGACAAUUUCAAUGUAUUGUUUCUGAUUUGAAGAGAGAACAUUAAAGAGUCUGUGUAAUACUGUAAUUAUGGAAAGAAAACUCCAGAGACAACAUUUUAUCCGAGCACCAAAUUUAGGUCCCAUAGCAGGGCUCAAAAUUAAAAGGGCCAUAUUCUUAUUUUUCUCUCCACAACUAAUGCUUGUUUUUCUAGUCAUAAUGCCUAAUGGAGUUGAAUAUUUUUCUUUGAAAGAAAUAAUCAAUAAAAAACAAAGCUUCUGGUGAAAUCAAGAAUAACCAGAUUUUCUAACCAAAUUGAAAUACUGAGCAGAUGUAUAAGAACUGGAAAUGUGACUAUGUAAAAUUUUGUUGCCCAAGUUGAGAAAAAUGAAUUAAACAGUACAACUUUAGAACAUUUUUAUUUCAAGGAGAAAUACAUACAUAAACAGACAUCCCAGAGAUAAGAUCAUGUUUUUAUCUUCAUAGCGGUAUUUUAAAUAUCCAAACUGGAACCGUAACCCAGCUGCAGUGCUUGUGCCAGGCCCUAAGUGGAAGCCGGGGCUCCCAGGAAUGUCCGAUCCUGCUAAGUUCCGUUGCCUUUCAUGCUACUCACUUUCCACACUAAGAGGAAAAACCAUGGUUUUAUAACAUUCUCUCCUUGCCGUCAUGCCUCAAACAUCCUGUCCCCAUUUCCGUGAUUCUUUUUACAUAAUCCUUAUCCAAAAAUCACUUUCAUACUAAUAUAUAUGGUACAUCUUUUUUCCGUCUAUUAAGUCAUUCUGCAAAAUAACUCUUAAGUAAAAUAGAAAUAAUAUACUUUUCACAUGCCAUUUUUGUUAAAGUAUAAAACAAUGUUGAAAUCUCUAUGUGAUGACAGAUUAUUUCUAGUAUGAAUGUUGUAAAAAUAUGUACAGUUAAAUAUGAAGUUAUAAUAUGUCCUACUAAUGGGCAAGUGUUGGAUUGAUUACUUUGAGGUAGCAGAUCUGUGUUAACUUUUAUAAACUAGAUGAAAUUGUAUUCUGUUUGAGACUGAUAUUUAAAAAUACCGAGAAUAACUGAGUAACUUGAAGUGGCUUCUUAUUCCCUGGGCAUACAGUGCGACCCUCGAGUGAGGUGUGGCCCUGCCCGGGGCUCAGCACAGGGUGAAUAGCGAAGCACAGCUGGGGCGGGGGAGAGGGGGUAACACCUGCACCUGCUCAGUCUCAAGGUACAGAAAGGGAGACGACCAGACGUUAGGGCCUCCUGAUGUGAUGGGACGGGAAGUGCAAGGCACCGCCUAUGAAGUGUCCUGGCCAAAGAAAUUAAAAUUUACCUGGCUAAGUGUCUAGAUCCAUUACCAGUUUAUAGGAGAUACAAGGUGUAGAGGGACAUGUUAAAACUCACUGGGGAUGCAAUUAGCGAAAUCCAGAAUAUAGCGUGGUCUACAGGACCAAUAACUUGGGUUUUUCAACAACUAAGUGAUAAGAAAAAAAAAAGAGGAGAACUGUUACAGAUUAAAAGAAAUUUAUGAGACGUAUCAACCACAUGCAAUGCUGUACUUAGUUUGAAUCAGAUUCAAAUAAACCACUUGUAAAGAGACAUUUAAGAGAUAAUUUUUAAAAAAUAAAAUAGAUUAAUUCUUCCAAUCCAUGAUUAAAACAAGAUAUAAUUGGAGAAAUUUGAACACUAUGUGUUCAAAUAUACACUAUGUGUAUAUUUAAUGAUAUCAAGGAAUUGUUAUAUAUUUGGUGUGAUAAUAGUAGAUUAAAAAAGAGAUCUUAUCUCUUAAAGAUGUAAAUGUUUAUGGAUGAAACGUUCUGGCAUCUCGGAUUUGCUUUAAAACAACCUAGCUUGCUGUGGCGGGUAGGUAAUGGGCGCGCGGGCGGUGGGGGCUGGGGAGGCAGAGGUGAGCCAGGGCUGCGCAGAUGUUGCAAACUGUGGAGCCGAGCGCCAGCUCCGUGGAGGGCUCAUGACGCCGCUUCCUCUACUUCGUGUAUGUGUGAGCAUUUCCGUAAUAAAAAGUGUCUUCAGAAACAAAAGACUUGACUGAUCAGUUAAUCGCAUCCAUUGGUUUUUCGUUGCUGUUCACGAGCCAGCAAAGCCGACGUAAAUGAGCUUGCGCGGAGAGUUCCAGCUCCCCGGCCAGUGGCGCUACAGGUGGUCGACUCAACGCCCCGCAGCGGUCCGCGCUGGGCUGGGACUCGGUGACGCGCAGGGCCCGGCCGGCCUGUGCCGCGGAGACGGCGGCCGGAGGACAAACCCACAGGCAGCAGUGAGGACAGGAGCGGCGGGACCAGGCCCCGCGAACCACGCAGGUGACCCAGGUCAAAUAAAAGGGCUCAGCCACCGGCCAGGCUUGAGGAAGUGGCCGGGGGUCAGCAGUGGGGCACAGGACACGCGAGUGGGAGCCUGGGCCCGGCACGGACAAAGGCCCAGCACGAAGUCACCCCACAGUCCCCGCACGGCCAAGGACUGGGGGACAAGCAACAGACAGGCGGGUCCAUUGGAGUAAAGGUAAAACACAACCUGUCAGAGGAGCACCGGGCAGCGGACCAGCCGAGCACCGGGCGGGGCUGCCCCAGGACCGCGGAGGCAGGAUCUCCGGGCGGCACCUUCCCUGGCUCCGGGUUCACGCUGCUGAGACACUGGUUGGCUUGGCCUCUGAUUGACAGGUGCCCUGACCAAAAGGAGGGGGAGGGAUGGCGAGCUGGCCAACCACAGAUGUCCACUUGGCCGCAUCACCAGUUGCUGGGUAGAGUGCGUCCUCUUUCCCACCGCGGUCCCUUCCAACCUUGUCGCUGGUCUUUUCCAGCCCGUGCAGCGCCCGCCUCCCUGCCCCACCGCUGGGGAAAUCUUGGGCAGUCUCCUAUACAUCUUGGGUUACUCUGGAAAAGAGAAGCUCUCUAGUGACUUUUAGCCACUGUUACACUCAUUAAAUAAUGAAAAUAUCCA